CGGUGGGGAAGGCCCGCGGCCGCCGCCGCCAUUUCGGGCGCUGCUGGGAGGCUGACACCGGAGCCGGUCCGCUGGGCGGCGGGCGCCAGGGCUGGAGGGGCGCGCGUGGCGGCGGCGGCCCAGCGUGAAGGCGCGGAGGCGGCCAUGGCGGGCAACUUCGACUCGGAGGAGCGGAGUAGCUGGUACUGGGGCCGCUUGAGCCGGCAGGAGGCGGUGGCGCUAUUGCAGGGCCAGCGGCACGGGGUGUUCCUGGUGCGGGACUCGAGCACCAGCCCCGGGGACUAUGUGCUCAGCGUCUCGGAAAACUCGCGUGUCUCCCACUACAUCAUCAACAGCAGCGGCCCGCGCCCUCCAGUGCCCCCGUCGCCCGCUCAGCCUCCGCCGGGAGUGAGUCCCUCCCGGCUCCGAAUAGGAGAUCAAGAAUUUGAUUCAUUGCCUGCUUUACUGGAAUUCUACAAAAUACACUAUUUGGACACUACAACAUUGAUAGAACCAGUUUCCAGAUCCAGGCAGGGUAGUGGAGUGAUUCUCAGGCAGGAGGAGGCAGAGUAUGUGCGAGCUCUUUUUGACUUUAAUGGGAAUGAUGAAGAAGAUCUUCCCUUUAAGAAAGGAGACAUCCUGAGAAUCCGGGAUAAGCCUGAAGAGCAGUGGUGGAAUGCAGAGGACAUCGAAGGAAAGAGGGGGAUGAUUCCAGUCCCUUACGUGGAGAAGUAUAGACCUGCCUCCGCCUCAGUGUCGGCUCUGAUUGGAGGUAACCAGGAGGGUUCCCACCCACAGCCACUGGGUGGGCCGGAGCCUGGGCCCUAUGCCCAACCCAGCGUCAACACUCCGCUCCCUAACCUCCAGAAUGGGCCCAUUUAUGCCAGGGUUAUCCAGAAGCGAGUCCCUAAUGCCUACGACAAGACAGCCUUGGCUUUGGAGGUCGGUGAGCUGGUAAAGGUUACGAAGAUUAAUGUGAGUGGUCAGUGGGAAGGGGAGUGUAAUGGCAAACGAGGUCACUUCCCAUUCACACAUGUCCGUCUGCUGGAUCAACAGAAUCCUGAUGAGGACUUCAGCUGAGUAUAGCUCAACAGUUUGCUGACAGAUGGAACAAUCUGUUUCCCCCAGUUGCCAUCUAUACAAUUUUCUUACAGGUGUCAAAGCAGUCUAGUUUAUAUAAGCGUUCUGUUACCUGUGAUCUUUUUUAAGACUGAAUCACUCCAUUCUUACUCGUAUUUACCAUAUUCAGGGUACGAAACUGGAGGGCUUGUGUGGUUAACUUCUGAAUUGGCAGUUUUAGGUGGUAGUGGCCAUGCCUGUAUGAGAGGAGGUAAAUACCUUGCCUCCUUUCUCUUGGGCAGGAUAGAUCAACCUGUGGAAAACUGACGGUCAGGAAAAGAAUGUUACACACUGCUUACCCUGAUUUCUUCAGUGGUUCUGUUUUCAUUCUGACACCAUACUAUCAAAUGGCAACAGACUGUUCCUCCCACUCCCAUGACGUAAUCAUGCACUGUGUGAAUAUUACCCAGUGGGAUUGCAUUUGCAUUAAUGGACCAUGACCGUUGUAUGACUCAUUCUGACAUUUCAAACCCUGAGGAUUCCGAGAACACUACUAGAGGCAUUUGUCUUCCUUUCCAGUCAAUGCUUCAUACUUUUCUUGGGUUCUUUCCUUGUUACUCUCUUCCCCUGUACCUAUAAAGUGACCUGAUUCUUAGGAUAGUGACUAUCUUCAUUCCAGAUGAGAAGCAGGAUGUGCAGAGCACUUUAUUCAGUGCAUAGCUUUAAGCCAGUAUUGGAUUCACUCAGUGGAUACACUCCCAGCUCUCUGCCUUCCCCCAAGGGGGCAUCAUAGGUUCACACUGCUACCACAGCUAAGAGACUCCUUGCUAGUGGGACAGAUCCGGCCGGGCCAUUUCUCCUGAUUGCUAGUAUCCUAGUGGAAUUCUACUUGGAGUGGAAGGACCAAUCACUUACUGUAUCCUGUAGAAGUUAUUGGGCCAAACUCUGCCCUCUGCAUCAUGUGCAAGUUUUAUAAAAGAAUUCUAUGCAUUUGGGGUAGGAUUAGUUCUUUGAAAAACUGUGCCAGUCCUGAGUUACUUAUAUAUCACUUUACAUGGCCAAAAUAGUUCUUGAAGUAUAUUACUUUAUAAGUACAUUACUUCAUUUGGGUUUUCCUUUGUCCAGAUUUAGUUUAUAAACCCUUUUAAGUGUAGAUUGGUUUAUGUGGGGUCAGAUGCUCCAAAGAAUAGGCCUGUGAGACUACAAAUGAUUUACGGUUUUUUUAGACUAUAAUAUGAGACUUUUGGGUGAUAAAAGGCACUUGCUGGUCUCUGGUGUGGUAUAACCAAUAGAAACACCUUAUACUUUGCUUUGAACCUUGUUUUAGAAAAAUAAUGUACCUUCUUAGUUGUACUGUAUAGAUUAAUUUGAUGAAUUUGCAUUCUUUGAACAUAUAUCAAAUCAAGGUAUUGCAGUGGCUAACACAUUGCUUAGCACAUGUGUGUGGAAAUUUUGUAUGAAAGAAUAAGCAGAGUGCAGAAACUUGUUACAGUCCCAGGACACCAGUUGGCAUAGGAUUGUAUACAUUACCACAGGCAAACUAAUGAGUUGAUGCUAAUUUAAUACAUUUGUACCUCACUCUAAGGUAAAUGCUUGAUAAAGAUGUUAAUGCUUAACUUUGGAGAUGUUGACCAGUGCUAAA